AUGAAGAAGCUGCACGCCAAGGACGUGCUGGAGUUCUUCAACCAGGUAAGGCGUACAGCCCAACCAGUUUGGAAUGACAAGUUUGAGUUUGAUGAGAUUGCUGGUGGUGAAUAUCUGAAGAUCAAAUGCUAUAAUUUAGAUACAUUUAGUGAUGACAGCAUUGGUAGUGCAAGAGUAAAUCUGGAGGGACUUCUAGAUGGUGCUAGCCGAGAUGUUUGGGUACCACUUGAAAAAGUAGAUUCAGGAGAGAUCAGGCUUGAAAUAGAGCGAAUACAAAAUGAUCAGAACGACAAUCUGAAGAGAUCAAGCAGUAAAGUUGAAGCUGGGUGGAUUGAGCUAGUAAUAAUUGAAGCCAGGGAUCUUGUUGCUGCUGAUCUGAGAGGAACUAGUGAUCCUUAUGUCAGGGUGCAUUAUGGGAAUAACAAGAAGCGAACCAAGGUCAUCUACAAGACACUGUCUCCGCAGUGGAACCAGACAUUCGAGUUUGCGGAGACCGGAGAACCCCUGAUCCUGCACGUCAAAGACCAUAAUGCGGUCCUUCCGACCGCCAGCAUAGGCAACUGCACGGUCGAAUACAGCAUGCUCUCUCCGAACGAACCUGCCGAUAAGUGGGUACCACUGCAAGGAGUGCGGAGCGGAGAGAUCCAUGUGAAGAUUGUGCGGAGAGUUGCGGACUCAGGGAAGAAAACCAGCCUAGAGACAGAUGUGUCGGCCCUUGGCAAAGGACACAAUAUAUCAGGACAGGUGAGUCAAUGCAUUCUUGUCUCUGUGACAUCCAUUAUUGUUUAUAUAAGUAGCUGA